CAUGCUUAUACGUCAGAACAGCCGGGGAUAGCUCACGUGAGCAACGUCCAGCUGCUCCAGGAUUUCCUGCGACCAGCCCACCACCUUUUUGCCGCUGGAGGGGCACUGAAGGCACUCUGUGGACAUGUAGUACCACCCGCUCCUGUCCGAGACCCUCCGGACGAUCUUGUAGAGGCCGGCGCCCAUCAGCUUGCCCCCAUCGGCGGGGCACUUGAGGUGGCACGCCCACAUCCGAUAGGGCAGCCAGAGGAAGAACGGGCGCUGGAAGAAGGCGUGGGCUGUGGCCGGGCGCCUGGCGGGUACCACCUCAGUCGGGGCGGUCUGGUGAGGACAGCCAUCCCGCUGCUGGGGUCCCUUUGGAACUGGCCCACCCACUCCUGCUGCUCUUCAGGCGGCGUCUUCCUCCAGAUGAGGGGAUGCAGCAGAAACACACCUACUCUGACCCCACCGACGCCCAACAGCUCGCCGCUGCCGACGAGGUCGACCCUCCCAGCACGUCCAGGGACGCCCCGCCGGCCACGCUGGAAGGACCAGCACCAGGACCAGGACCGAUGGCCACGAGGCCUGCUACCGGCAAAGAGCUGCUCCCCCUCAGCUGGCGGCAGAUGCUGCCUCAAGAGCAGCAGGAGGGGGUGGGCCGGGCGCAGGGACCCCAGCAGCCGGAAGGUGGACCUCACCACACUCCCUCGCCAUGAAGAGGCCGUAGAGCUGUCGGUGGGGACCCCCCUCGCGAAGCGUCGCAUGAGGUGCCACACGUCCAGCCGCACCACCAGCUCGUGCAACUCGUGGCACAUCCCCUGCACGGCCGACUGGCCCACGGCGGCACAGCAGUCCCGGUCCAUGUACAGGACCCUCGGAGGGGCCUUCCCGGCUUCCCGGUACAGCCGCAUCAGGCAGGCCGGCAUGUUGGUCAGUCCCUCCCCCUCGGCCGAGGUGAGAACGGACACGAGCACCUGCCCGUACUCGUUGCCAACGUUCGUCAUCCAGGCUGCCGAGCCGGCGGCGGCGCCCGCGAGCUUUUUGGCGAUCUGCAAGACACAAUCACAUAUUUAGACACACGGACGGACGGCACACAGACGUGAUACGAGGUGACGGCCCACAAAGAGAGAAACCUUGCGUAGCCUCCUCACCGUCUCAGGCUCUCCGCACCAGGGAUACCAGUGUGGCCUGGCUUCGCUGCCAUGAAUGCCCCGUCCCUGUAGUAGGGAGGGUAAACUACUCGGCUGGCUGAGUUAUGGCUCGAACGUUCUUACCCGUGUACUCCCUGGGCUUGGUGUAAUCCCUGACCAAACUCGAGCCAAGCCCCCGUUGGCUGAGCUGGUCCAGGGAGUGCUGCGGGGGGCCACUGGAGGUGGGCCCCAGCGGGCGACCCUCCUGGGCCGCGACGGUGGUGGCGCUGGUGGUGGUGGCGCGGGUGGUGUUGGCGACGGUGGUGGCGCGGGUGGUGUUGGCGACGGUGUUGUUGGCGCUGGUGUUGGCGACGGCGCUGGUGGUGUUGGCGCGGGUGGUGUUGGCGCUGGUGGUGUUGGCGCGGGUGGUGGCAUAAGAUGGACAUUACAAUUACAAUCGGGGCAUUUAGCAGAUGCUUUUACUCAAAGCGACUUGCAUCGAUUAAUGCACACAUUGCACACCGACGGCAGAGUCAACCAUGUAAGGCGACAGCCAGCUCGUCAGGAGCAGUUAGGGUUAAGUGUCUGGCUCAGGGAGACAUCAACACUCAGCUAGGAGGAGCUGGGGAUCAAACUAGCAAUCUUUCGGUUACAAGACAACUGGUCUACCUCCUGAGCCGACCCCGACAUGACAGUGAAACACGUGGUUUACCUGGAAUGAAGCGGUUGAGAUGCAGAUGGAACGACUCCAGGGACGUGGAGCCUCGCGCACAACGGUACGUCAGCAGGCUGAUCCCCCCCCCCCCGGUCGGCCUGCCUGUCUCCGUGUACACCUCCACUCCCGGAGGGUCCUGGUUGCACUGGUUGCACCGCCGCUGCUCCGUGGCGAUGGAGAGCCAUCUCCCUGCGGCUGACGUGCCUCCACACUCCGGCGUCAGACGUGAAGGUCAUCCCCUGGGCCUCAAGCGUCCUCCUCUUGGCGUUGAGCAAACCGGGCUGUGUCCUCUGGGUCCCACAGGAAGAUACUGGCAGAGUGCUGCUGCAGGAAGACCUUGUAGAGCUGGUGGCUCUCGGUACUGACAACCGACGCGCAGCGUCGCAUCAGGUGCCAGAUGUCCAGCCGGACCACCAGCUAUUCGACCAGAUAGCUUAAUUUAUUUCGAGCUUGACUUCCAGCGAUCUGAAUUGUCAAAAAAAAUAAAAUAAUCGAGAGAUAUAUAUUUGAAGAGAUCUGAUUGGUCGAAGAAAAAAUAUGAAAAAAUAGAUGAUUGGUCGAAAAUUUGAAUUUAAUAAUUUUUCUACAUUUGUCUUCCAUUUCUUCCCCAUGCCAUAAAGAAACAAACAUAAUAACUGGUAGAAAAAAAGUCGAGAUAUGUGAUUGGUCAGCAAAACUAUUUGUUGAGGGAACUGAUUAGGGGGGAAAAACUUUUUCUAGUGAUAUGAUUGGUCGAAAUAAUACAAUUAUUUCGAGAGCUCUGAUUGGUUGAAUAAAUGAAUUAAUUUUGAGCGACGUGGUUGAAAAUUAAUGACGGGUCGAAAAAUUCAUAAUUUCUAGGAACUGAUUUGUCGAAAAAUAUUUAUUUUCAGCGACCUGAUUGGUUGAGAACUAUUUAUUUCAAGUAGGGAUGCACCGAUAUGAAAAUUUUGACCGAUAUCCGAUAUUAAAAUUGCUGUUACGGCCGAUAACCGAUAUUUACCGAUAUCGAUAUUGGUAUAAAAAAAAGUUUCUAUGAUGAUUUUGUAUACUGAAGAACAUGUAAACACUGUGAAUAUGAAAAAGUUAUUUCUUUCUUUAUUUUCCAAAACUUCGAAAUACAUUGUUUCUUCAACAAGUUACAGGGCAUCCAUAACAAACACAAGUUACUAAGUGUUAGUUUUAGGCUACUUUUACAACUUGCAUCUAUGAAAAAGUUUGGAUCAUAAAUCACAAUAACGAUCACAAAUCAAAAUAUCUUGACAAGGUUUUAUAACUUAAAUCAAAUUUGCCAAUAUUCAUGGAAAGCAGACACCUGUCUAAUAAUUUACAAAAAGUGUUUCAAGUUUGUCAAUUUCAACUCAAAUCGGUGAGAUAUAGGCUAAAUCAAAUAUAUCAAGGAAGGUUGGUUGUAGUCUUUUCACUCGGUUCUAGCCCUACUGUUUAUCCGGAGAACGGAGCGAAAAGACUACUACCAAAUAUAAACAUAUCCGGUUUCUGUUUCAAUGCGAUUACGGAACGCCAAAUAAAACACAACAGAAACUAUUUCGCUACGAUACUUGAUUAGAUUUCUUUAUUGUCCUUGUUCAACAGAGUUAAUCAACAAAAUUAAGUUUAGAACAUUGAUGUUGUUAAUACCGGAAUUGUCCUUUAAACAUGCGCUGAUCACGUGAACGCACAACUUUUUUUUUAGCAGCCGAUCCGCGGAUCACUUGCGUCCCGAACCGUGAGGGUUGAUCCGUACGGAUCACGGGAAACCCGUGAACCGUUGCACCACUAGUGGUGUUGAAUGAUUUGACACGGCAUCCUCCGUGCAUUACUUCGGCUUUGCAAGUACUGCAUAUUGCAAUUUGAGUACCUUCAUUUGAGACCGUUAUAAACAUCCAAACCGCCGACAUUGAUUAUUUUCAGUUAAGGUGACAAACACUCCUGUACUGCCUCUAUGCGUCUCUGGCUGCGUCACUGACACUGUCACAUGACCAAACAAGCUGCGCAUAGGCAAAAAACACGGCAACUAGAUGGAAAUAAAUAUCGGCUGUUAAUAUCGGACCAGUUUUACUUAUCGAUGCCGAUAUGUUAAAAAAUUACUAAUAUCGGCCGAUAACGAUAGCACUGCCGAUAUAUCGUGCAUCCCUAAUUUCAAGCGAUCUGAAUAGUUAAAAAAAUAAUUCGUAUAUUUUGAGCUUUAUUGGUCGAAAUUUUUCUUUACAGCGAUCUGAUUGUUCUAAAAAUUAUUCAGAGCAGGGGUCGGCAAUCCCUGGCACGCGUGCCACCCCUGGCACGUGGCAGCAUAAUCAUUGGCACACUUGGAAAAAAAAUAACAAUUCUUUUUUUAUUUUAUUAUUAGUCAAAAAAAUCACUGCACAUCAUUCCUACCGAUUUUUUUUUUGCACUUUAUUCUGAUUUGGGCAUUGACUCCCAGUGCAAAUAUGUUUAAAUUAGUUGCUGAAAGUAGUAUUCUGAAAUAGGAUCAAUUAAUAGUGUUUAAACCUAUGUUGUGAGUAAUAGACAAGUAUUUAAAAUAUUGUUGCAAGUGGCCUGUAUGUUUCACCCCCGCAUGGUUUUGCAAAGCUGUACCUGUCUUAAAGAUAUUGAUGUGGAUGCUUCCAACAAUCUUGUAUGCAGCUAAGCUAAAUUUAAUUUGAUUUUGUUUUAUUUUUGGUCAAUGUUCAUACUUUUUGGUUUUAUUCUGAACUUCUCCAAAGAUUGGUUCCUGUGUAAAUUGGUUCCACGUUGUUGUUUUCUAUGGCAUGCCUUUUGUUUCCCUUGGGAGUGGUUUGGCGUUACACCUGUGUCAAGCUUCAGUUGGUGCUGAUGCACGGAGCUGAGUGGAGAGAGACAUCUUGGAUUGUGUGUGACGCCCGUGUUUCUUUUGUCUCCUUUAAAAUAAAUAAACCUCCAUAACUCGACUCCUGUGUGUGCCUCACUCAACGAAUACCAGACACAACGCAGAAACUCAUCGGUCACACAUAUUCUCGUUUUUUACAUUUCUCACAGUGCAAA